AUGAAGAUACAUCCAGUAAAUGAAGUGUCAGGGCUGUUCACGAACAUCAUGGACAUCUGCAUCCCCGACUGGAAGGAGAGGAAAGAGUUCUGGGCGAAGUGGAAUCCGAACAGGAAGAGCUUGCCGCCAGAGGACCCCGAGGAGGAGCACAAGAAAAACGAGAAUUUCGUUAUCGAUUACGUUGAGAAGAUGCUUCCUAGGGUUUACACUGACGACACCAUCCGUUUCAAUCGCAAGGCCUUCGACUGGGGGACCCAGUUCACGGUCGACUGCGGCGACAAGGAGUACUGGCAGGAGGUCCUGCCGAGGUACCCCGAGCUGGCCAACUUCCAGGUGGCGGAUUACUGGACUCAGCGACCCAACGAGCAGAAGCCGACACUGACAGCCGAGUGGGGGGGGGGCUUUGCAGGAGUGUCAAGAGUAGGAUGAGGAGGAGCACGUGGCGCCGGCGGGUCAAGGACGGGCAAGGCGCGCAAGGGAGGGGAGAGGCACGGUGAAAGGGAACCUCUCCAGGAGUAGGACCGGAAUGGAGAGCUCGCGCCGCUCUGCCAGGCCUGGUGUGUGCUCGGUGGAAGCGGGCCAGUUCUGGCGGAGCCAGGUGGCAUUGCUCCAGCGCGCACCUGUGAAUCUCUGAUGCUGGUCGCAGUGAU